AUGAAGUCUUUCGCCCCCAUUGCCCUCUUCGCUGCCGGUGCUUUCGCCGCGCCCAACGCCGCCGAGCUUUCUCUCCGCCAACUCAGCAAUGUUAACACCAUCAUGGAGACUGUCCUGGCUGGUAUCCAGAGCUUGGACCAGACUUGCGUCGCUUACAGCGGCGGUCAGGGCCAGGAGCUCGUCCAGGCUUCCGACAAGAUGCUCACCAUCAUCCGCACUGCCACCGACAACGCUGCUGCCAUGCAGCCCCUGUCCAUGGACGAGGCCAUCGCCUUCCAGCCCCUUUCUGACAAGCUCAACGCCGCUGGUGACAAGCUCCUCGACGACAUCACUGGCAAGCUUUCCCUCUACGCCCAGAAUUGCAUCUGCGAGAGCACCUUGAACUGGGUGUCUCAAAUCUCCGGCAACGUUAACACUCUGAUGACCACCAUCUCCACCAAGUUCCCCCAGGGUGGCAAGGGCGGCGACGAGAUCUCUCACUUCGGCCAGGUCUUUACUCAGAUGCAGGAGUCUCUUCAGUCGUGCUCGGGCAAGGCCUGCACUCCCGGCUCCGGCCCCGCUGGCGGCUUCACCCCUACUGAGGCCGCUGUCCCUGGUGCCGCCGCUCCCACUGGCUCUGCCCACCGCAACGGCACCAGCAGUGGCAGGGAGGGCAACAACGGCAAGCCUAACAACGGCAAGCCUAACAACGGCAAGCCUAACAACGGCAAGCCCAACAACGGCAAGGGCAACAACGACAAGGACGGCAACAAGGGCAAGGAGAGCUCUACCGAGGACUCUACUUCCAUGAAGCCCGUCUCCGUUUCUACUGGUGGCGCUGCCAUGAUGACCUUCUCAGGCGCUGGUGUGGCUGCUGCCCUUGCUGUUCUCCUUCUUUGA